GGGAGCGGCCGGAAUAGUGCCCCAUCGUUGGUGUCAGUGAGGGGAGGAAUAGUGCCCCAUCAUUGGUGUCAGUGGGGGAGGAAUAGUGCCUCAUUGUUGGUGUCAGUGGGGGGAGGAAUAGUGCCCCAUCGUUGGUGUCAGUGGAGGGAGGAAUAGUGCCCCAUUGUUGGUGUCAGUGGGGGGAGGAAUAGUGCCCCGUUGUUGGUGCCAGUGGGGGGGGAAUAG